AUGGCAGCCUCCGUCAUCGGGGAUUCGCACAUAGGAGGCGCCCCACUUGCAAUGCUGGCCGCCCAGUGUAGUAAACUAACAGAUAGAUGUCCCUCCCCUCUCACGGAAUCUUACAUCGCAAAAGGUUUCCAUCCUUGGAAGCGUCAACUUACUGCCGUCACCGCACCGGAAGCUGUCGCUCUCUCAUCACAACGUCUGUCUGGACUCAACGGGACGGUGUCCUUUCCGUCCGCGGGUCUGCCAUACGGACGUACUGGUGGGGUUGUAUCCUAUCCCACCACGUCAUCAGCUGACUGGCUUCAUCCAUCUCAAUAUAACAAUGAUACACCCUCCCCAACGUAUCCGUCAAAAGUGCAUCAUUCUGAUUGUAUGAGUGCCUCCGUAUUAGGAAAUGUAUACUCUCGAUUACCUCACGUCAACAGCCAUGCAGCAUACGAGUCUUGGUCGCUGAAUAUGAACAUAACACAUACGAGUCUUAAGGGUGAAACACCUCAAAGCUCUAAUCCAACCUCUCCUUGGUGGGACGUGCACACGCCCCCUAGUAACUGGUACUCGGACUAUUCUGGAGCCUCGUCUUCGUUGCCAGCUCAGAUUUCUUCCGGAUAUAGCUCUCCUGAAUACCCCCUUUCACACGGACUAGCAUCACCCUCUAGUUCGUAUAUAGGGGGAAACCAACAACUCCUGCAAGACACUUAUAAAUCUAUGUUAUCAAGUCAAACAGAUAUCAGUGCCUCGUCCGGAAACCCAUUUCUUUCACGUCCGGUUUUGUCAAAUGUGCCUCAAACGAAAGCUCAGAGACGCUUAAGCGGAAGGGCAACGUGUGAUUGUCCUAACUGUCAAGAGGCUGAGAGACUAGGACCAGCUGGUGCCCAUAUACGGAAGAAAAACAUUCAUACGUGUCAUAUUCCCGGAUGUGGAAAAGUAUAUGGAAAAACUUCGCAUUUAAAAGCACACUUGCGUUGGCACACAGGGGAAAGGCCUUUUGUGUGUAACUGGUUAUUCUGUGGAAAACGUUUUACACGGUCUGAUGAACUUCAGCGUCAUUUGCGCACGCAUACAGGAGAGAAAAGGUUUGCGUGUCCAAUAUGUAACAAACGGUUCAUGCGCAGUGAUCAUUUGAGCAAACACACAAAGACUCAUAGUUGUACGGACGCAAAGAAAGAAGGAAACGACUCCGGAAGUGACAAAGUGAACUCUCCUGUGGAAAGUAAAUCUCGCGGUUGUUCUGACGGCUGA